AUGGGUGUCCAUCGGCCGAACGCGAGGCUGGCUACCAGCGAGUGCCAGGAGGUGUUCACCACCGUCAAAGGGAACUUCUCCAGCCCUCGGUACCCCAGCUUCUACCCCAACAACCUCAAGUGCCAGUGGAGCAUCCAGCUGCCCCCAGGCUACCGGGUCAAGGUCUUCUUCUUGGACAUGGAGCUGGAGGGCCGGAGCAGUCUGACGGGUGGCUGCGAUUACGACCACCUGGCCGCCUUCGAUGGCGGCACAGAGAAAGGGUCCCUGCUGGGGCGGUGGUGCGGGCGGGAGAGCCCAGCCCCCAUCACCUCCCACCGCAACCAGCUGCUGCUGGUCCUCCACACCGACCGCAACACAGCCAAGAGGGGCUUCUCCGUCGCCUACGUGGGAGUUGUGCCCAUGAAUGUCAGCUGCACCCGGACAGACUUCCACAUCCAGAUCCCUGUGCAGUCCCUGGCCCAGCUGGAGAGGAAUAGGAUUUAUUUGGGGACCCCCUCCUGUGCAGCCCAAGUAGUUGGCAGGAACUUUAAAAUACACACCAGGUUCGACACCUGCGGUACCGAAUCCCAGAAGCGCAACCACACGUCCGUCAUUGUCAGCACCCUCUACAUCGAUUUCUCCGCGGGCGACCAGGAGGACGUCCACCAGUACGAGGUGCAGUGUGAGCCGAGGAGGAAGGAAGCCUCGGUGACCCUCAUCGCUGGCCCGGACCCAGCCAGGCUCAGCCAAGCAGAAAACCUGGUGGAUGCCCAGGAGAGGGAGGGCAGAGCAACGGAUACCCAUGAAGUCAGGACCCAGGACACCAGCGACAUCGUCUUCAUCAGCAUCUGCAUCCUGGCCGGGCUCCUCAUGGUCAUCGCCGUGGUGGGACUCGUGCUUCUGUAG